AUGACAAACAAGCACAGCAUGAAAUUUGAGCUCGGAGAUGAAUUAAUUAGCGCAAGUAAAACAGAUACUACUAAUCGCCAAGAUCACAGCUUGGUACGUGCAGUACUACCUUUGCAACAUUCAAACCACCCAGAGGAAAGAUUCUCAACUCCAAUACAAGCUGAACGAAACUCUGAGACAACCCUUCUCGACGAAAUCUUAAUCCAAGCGCCACCUACAUACAACGCAUCGUCAAAGCUCAAGGACAGCUCCAAGAACUCAUCAUUGGCUAAGGACCAUCAUAAUCAAGACCAAACAUUUACAGAGAAGAAGAAGACAGUAUUGAGAGAGUUAUGGGCCACUUUGAGAUCACUGAAGUCCAACUACGAUGAGACUAAGCAUGCUCACUUGUUUCAACGAGCCUCAGAAACUUCCAACUUUUUCCGUUUCAGAAGAAGUAGUGACUCGCAUGAGCAGCCAUCUCCUUCGUAUGAGGGUGUUGCAAAGAGAUCAUCCUGGUUGAAGAGGCGAGCAGGACAUGUUGGAGGACGUUCGCUUUCAUCAUUUCAUGCUCACAGUUCGCGAGAAUUCUCAGCUCGUGAACCAGACUCCAAGAGGGUGGACGUUGAGUUCAACGAUUACUCUCAACUCAGAAGAAGAAUCUAUUCUCCUGCAAGUAGUUGUAUGUUAUUUGAAAAUGGUCAUGAUGAAUACGAGCCAACUUUCACCAACGAAUGGACAUCCAAACACACUUUCCAAAAGUUUUAUAUUCGUUCUACUAACUAUAGAGUGGAUAAUUCUUCUGACAUGAUGGAUUAUGAAAGGUGUGGUGAAGAUAACGUGCUAGAUGAUGACACCAAUCUCUUUGACUCCUGUAAUUCGUACAUGUAUCAACACGAGGAGUUUCCACCAACAGACACCAAGUUAUACGAUUCGACCUCUUCUUCAACAGCACUUAAUCUCGUUACUGCUGACCAAAACACUGUGGACGAUAUUUCUAUUGAUUUGAAUAACGACGAGGAUGAUUUUCAUUCUGUGUUUGUUGACAUUGGUUCUCCACCAUCCUCACCUCAAUUUUAA